CCCCUCCCCCUUAAAAAAAAAUAGAAGUGCUGUUCUGCCAAUGCCUCUGUCUGCCCUCCAGCUGUCUAUCAAGGUAGGAUUAAAGAGCCUGGUGAGCAAAGGCAUUUUGGUGCAGACCAAAGGUACCGGCGCUUCUGGUUCUUUCAAACUCAACAAGAAGCCUGGUGAGAUUAAGGAAAAGGCUCCCAAGAAGAAGCCAGCGGCAAAGCCUAAGAAACCAGCUGCCAAGAAACCCGCCAGCGCCGCCAAGAAACCCAAAAAGGCUGCGGCCGUGAAAAAGAGCCCGAAAAAAGUCAAGAAGCCAGCGGCUUCCGCAGUCAAGAAAGCGGCCAAGAGCCCGAAAAAAGUGAAAGCCGCCAAGCCCAAGAAGGCAGCUAAGAGCCCGGCUAAAGCGGUGAAACCAAAAGCUGCCAAGCCCAAGCCAACAAAGGCCAAAACCGCGAAGGCGAAGAAGGCAGCGCCCAAAAAGUAAAGUGUAAAUUUGAAAAGGAAAAAGGUCUAUGGUUCCAGUUGGG